AUGAUGUUUGUUUGGCUUGCAGCUCGUGGUAGAUAGUGCUCGCGUCGGCGACCACUGAAAAGUCUACUUUUCGGCCAUUUUGGCGGUACGCUUUACAGGGGUACAUCGAAGUGUUUCCUGCCUAAAGCAAAAUGAAGAUCGGGCUUUGCGCGUACAGCGGAUACAAAAUCUAUCCGGGCCAUGGCAAAACCAUGGUCAAAGUUGACGGAAAGUCAUUCACUUUCCUCAACUCGAAAUGCGAAGCUGCUCACUUGAUGAAACGCAAUCCCAGAAAAGUAACAUGGACAGUUCUUUAUAGGCGCAAGCAUAAGAAGGGGCAGGAAGAAGAGCAAGCCAAGAGGAGAACACGCAGAACUCAGAAGUUCAACCGCGCUAUCGUCGGUGCUUCGCUUUCGGACAUCCUUGCCAAGCGUAACAUGAAACCAGAAAUCCGUCAAGCUCAGAGGGAUCAAGCUAUCAAGGCUGCAAAAGAGCAGAAGAAGGCAGCCAAGGCGACGAAAAAAGCUGCUGCACCAGUAAAGGCAAAACCAGCGCCGAAACAAAAGAUCGCCAAAGUUCAACAGAAAUCCGCCCCCCGAGUAGGAGGAAAGCGAUAAAUUUACUGUGAAGCGUUAAAUAAAAAAAAAUAAAGUGAAUUUUCACUUGAACAAUUGAA